CACCAAAUUUGUAUUUUUCUGCACGAGCUACUUCUUCUCUUUGUUUCAGGUUUGGCCAGAUUUUCAGACAUGAUGGAUGCACUGUCGGUGGUGUGUCAGCUGCGGGACCUGGCGUCUGAACCACAGAACCGAGCUGUGAUUGUCCAGGACCAAGGUUGUCUUCCAGGACUGGUUCUCUUCCUGGACCACCAGAAUCCAGAAGUGUUGUUUGCAACCCUGCAGACUCUUCGUUAUCUGGCUGAAUUGCCUCUCAAUGUACCCAUUAUGAAGAAUGAGCUGGGUAUGAUGGUGAGCUUGGAAAAACUUAUCAGGAGGGAGGGCCUGUCUCUUGAUAUCACAGCUCUGGCUAAAGAGGUUUAUAGCAUUCUGAGAGCACCUGCUAAUCCAGCACCACGCACACCGGAGAGGGAGAAAAGAAGGAAGCCCCAGUUCUUUAUCAAUUCUACCAACAAGAAGGCUAAGUCUGUGACAUUACACAUCCAGGGGUUGGACAGCACCCAACAAAGAGGCUUAUGUGAAGAGGCUCUUCUGAAAGUCAAAGGGGUGAUCAGCUUCACUUUUCAAAUGGCCUCAAAGAGGUGCACAGUCCGCAUCCGUUCGGACCUUCCCACCGAGAGUCUGGCCACAGCUAUCGCUUCCACUAAGGUGUUGUCGGCUCAGCAAGUGGUGAAAAACGAGGCCGGAGAAGAGGUUUAUGUCCCUCUGAACUCUUGUGGCGCUCAGGUGCCACAAAACGCAGACAUCCCAGACUACCUCCCAGAGGACGAAGAGAGCCCACAGAGGGAUGUUGACAAAGCAAUUUCCCGCACUGCAGCUAAGGAAGAUUCCAGCGGGAGCUGGCUGAAUGCUGCUGCUAGUUUUCUCACAAAAACCUUCUACUGGUAAAGCUCUGAUUUUGUCCUAAAAAUGUCCAUCUAGACUCCCUCUUCUCAUUGCUGAGAUGGAGUCCUCAUACAAGCUGGAAUGUUUGCUGAUAUGAGGGGUUUUGUCGAGUCUGCCAUUCAACAAGCAACUACAAAAUCAUUGCUUUGUA